GGAAGGAGAGAGUCACCAUGGGGAGGCUGGCCUUUUUUCUUCACUUAUGUGCCUGGACUUUUGCUUUCGGCAAUAUGUGCAGUGAUACUAACAAAACCCCAGAUUUUGGAGGCCUCUACCAUGUCAAAGGAGUCAUCAGUCUCCCUUACGCUGAAAUCGAAGAGCCGUUUGAAGCCUGGUACAACCUGACGGGGAACAAGAGUCGCAUUGAAUAUUAUCAUGGCCAGGUAGUGACGUUGCAGCUUGGCUGUUUAGAGCCCUAUGGUGCUUUGUUCAAGAUUACACCAGCCACCACGGAAAAUGUGGUCAACAUGCAAAAGUGCUUCCUGUUAAAUGGCACCAAAGAAAGCAAAGUGAAGCCACAAGGGGUCUUUCCCGACAUGAAAGAUUUCAAGUUUGUAAGAGAAGAAUACUACAAAGGCGUAUACACCGCCGUGUGGCAGAGCAUAACCGACUGGGGAAAGAAGAAGAAUAUCUAUACGAUGUGGGUGACAAACGCCAGCUGUGGAGUCACCCCGGUGCAUUACGAGAUGAAGGGUUACAACAACUUGCUGGGAUCUCACUAUGACAAGUACGAAAUCACUUACAGCGACUUCUCCAACAGCUUCCCAGCUUCCAUCUUCGUCCUGAAAUCGAAUGAAACUAAACUGUGUGAUGAGCUGCCAGGAGAUUCCACAGAGCACCACAUCAUGGCCAACCCCAUGGCUGACUUUGUUGGUGGGCAGGAGGAUCGCGCCCACAGUCUGUUCCACCAUUACAGAAAACGCUUUGGAAAGAGCUAUGACACUGAGCAGGAGAUGGAGCAUCGGAAGCACACCUUCACCCACAACAUGAGGGGCAGUGACACCUGUCAAAGAUCAGGCCGUGUGCGGCUCCUGCUGGAGUUUUUCUACCACAGGAUCCCUCGAAGGAGCUCUCUUCCUUAAGAAUGGCUACUGCCACAGCAACGAGACUCACCUCGUGAGCAAGCUCUCAGGUUACGUCAAUGUUACCUCUGGGAACACCACUGCUCUGAAGGCCGCCAUUUACAAGCACGGACCUGUCUCAGUCAGCAUUGAUGCCUCCCACCGGACGUUCUCUUUCUAUUCUAAUGGGGUCUACUACGAGCCCAAAUGCAAAAACAAGAGGGGUGAGCUAGAUCAUGCGGUCCUGGCUGUCGGUUAUGGUGUCCUUCAAGGAGAGCUUUACUGGCUCAUCAAGAACUCUUGGUCCACCUACUGGGGCAAUGAUGGUUACAUCCUCAUGUCCAUGAAAGACAACAACUGCGGUGUCACUACUGAUGCUGUUUUCCCAAUUGUUGCUUAACGGGAACACGGCUUGGCCAAUUUCAAAGAAAAGGCAAAUCCAGACCUUUCUUCCUUCUUUUACUCAAGCAGGGCCACGUUCUUCUCAUCUCCUGGACUUCGUCUUAAAUCAUAGAUCUGGAAGAAACUCAAGAGAUACAUGUCAAUGAAAUUCUCAGUCCUGAAAUUCUCCGUUGUCUGGAAGUUGAGUCAUGUCAACUGGACUACUUUCCCUUCUGGUUGUAACGUUUCACUGCUUAUCCAAGUAGCUUUUUCAGUCUAAGCAAAUUGGUUAGAGGGAAUCCUCUAACCAACCAACUAACAUAGAUGUGCCUCCUCUAACCCAGGGGGUCUCCAACCUUGGGAACUUUAAGACUUGUAGACUUCAACUCCCACA